UCAGAUUCAGUUGUCUACAGAGCUUUUACCUACAUCAGCAUCAACAGUGACCUUGUUUUUUAAGAUUGCAUGUUUGCAAGCAGAAUUGAGGGGAGUGGGGGUUUAUGCGAUCGCCUCCCACUCCUCAGAAGGCAGCCCGCCCUCCGGCCUCUCUUUCUCCGCCUCCUCUUCACGCAGAUCACUGGGGUCGGGGCCUGUUCCCGAGGGAGCCGUAUAUCAUGAAAGAAAAAAAAGGAUCCUGCUAGUCCGUGGAUGAUGAGAUCGACCACGAUGUUCCUCUUGUUGACUCUCCUGGGACUGGCAUGCUCUAUUGGCCCUACAGUCCCAAGAAAUCUUGCCUUGCGUGGAAAAGCAACACAGUCAGACCUCAUCGAGAACCUAUGGCACGGUUGGAGUCAUGCCUCUAAUGCCAUUGAUGGGAACCGCGAUUCACAUUUCCAUCAUGGGUCCUGCACUGCCACUGACGAAUCAACUAACCCCUGGUGGAGAGUGGACCUGCUUGAUACCUACAUAGUCACCUCCAUCACCGUCACCAACAGAGGGGAUGCUUUUCCUGAGAGGCUUAACGGGGCUGAGAUACGAAUAGGAAAUUCUUUAGUGGACAAUGGCAUUCAUAACCCUCUGGUUAAAACAAUUCCCUCUGUUCCAGCCGGCAGUUCUCUCACCCUUGCUUUUGACCCAAGUUUCGAAGGACGUUAUGUGAUUGUGGUUCUACCAGGCCAGCAUAAACUUCUGACACUCUGUGAAGUGGAGGUUUACGGAUACCUUGCCCCAACUGGAGAUAAUGUGGCUCUAUAUGGAAAGGCCACCCAGUCGUCUUUGAAUGAGUUUGGCAUUCCAGGGAACGCUAUUGACGGGAAUCGCAACGCUAUUUGGAUAGGAGGGUCCUGCACCCACACUCUACAGGACAUCAACGCCUGGUGGAGGGUGGACCUUCUGAAGACCUACAAAGUGUUCUCCAUCAUCAUCACCAACACAGUCGACGGUGUUCCCAGCAGACUCAAUGGAGCUGAGAUUCGCAUUGGAGAUUCCCUGAAAGACAACGGCAUCAAUAAUCCUAGGUGUGCUGUGAUCUCCUCUAUCCCAGCUGGCAAUUCAAGCACCUUCCAGUGUCCGGGCAUGGAGGGUCGAUAUGUCAUCGUGGUCAUUCCAGGGAGGAAGGAGUACCUGACCUUGUGUGAGGUGGAGGUGUACGGAUCACCCCUGGAUGGGACUGGGCCUACAUGUAACUAAAUCAGAUCAUUAAUUCUUAACAGCACCCUGCAAUGUUUGGGGAAUGUAUUGUCUUACGAAAACAAUUCAACUUUUUAGUAUACUAUCACUAUUCUGUAAGUUCGUCUUGCACACUGUUUUUGGAUGUUUGGGUAUAAAUUGACGAUCACUUUUUGUAACACUUUUUAAGAACAACGUUCAUGAAUUAUUAUGUAGCCUAAUUAUUGGUUAGACAGUUCAUACCAUGAAAUGCAUGUAAUGCUGUAAAGUAAUGCUAUUAUGUUAGAAUGAAUGGUCCCGCUUUAAAUGACGUUCAGAUUAUAAAGGCUUCAUAAAGCCAAAAUUAUGACUUUUUUGUUGUUAAGUAGUGAUGAUGACAAAUACUUUACUCAGUAAGGUCACUGCUAUAGAAUUCUAUAGUCACUCCCACUAUGCCCAAUUUUGAAUGGUUGAUAUCCCAGGCGUCAAUGUGCUGUGUGAGCAAUAGCCUGAGAACAACAUUACACCAAGAAACCCUUACCUUGAUGAAAGUCCCCAAUCUAAAGAAAUUGAAAGUGUCUUUCUUCUGGAACCAAGUUACAUGUUCCUCAGUACACAAACAUGAAAACAACAAAAACGAGCCAUACCACACAGUGCUGGGCCCUGUCAAAUCUUUGACACAUUCACCCAUUUCCCCGCUGAAAGAUCAGCCACAGAAUGUGGCCACCAUUGUAACAUGUUGUAAUCAAGCCCUGGUCUUUAGUAUGGGAACAGAAGAGGAAUAUCUGGUGCGGUAGUCUCAGGUUGGGCUACUCCAAAUCAUCUUGGUUCUGACACAUAAACGCAAGCAUUGCAGGUCCAUCAACCCAUUUAAUACCUCUCACACCCUACUGUAACCUGUGGAUCAUGAGAGAAACUUAAUAAAUCAGCGGAAUGUUAAUCACCUACUUAUUAACACUUCGUGUAGUGUCCAGCAAUACUUUGUUUGAAAUGAGACACCUUCGCAUGACGCUGUACUUAAUUUAAAGUCCGUCAACUUUGGUCAUUUAUGACACAUGCAUAAUGGCUUAUAUCACAUGACGCUGUACUUAAUUUAAAGUCCGUCAACUUUGGUCAUUUAUGACACAUGCAUAAUGGCUUAUAUCACAUGACGCUGUACUUAAUUUAAAGUCCGUCAACUUUGGUCAUUCCUAACACAUGCAUAAUGGCUUAUAUCAUAUGAUGCUGUACUUAAUAUAAGGUCAGACACCUUUGGUCAUUCCUAACACAUGCAUAAAUGCCUUAUACCAUAUGAUGCUGUACUUAAUAUAAGGUCAGACACCUUUGGUCAUUCCUAACACAUGCAUAAAUGCCUUAUAUCAUAUGAUGCUGUACUUAAUAUAAGGUCAGACACCUUUGGUCAUUCCUAACACAUGCAUAAUGGCUUAUAUCAUAUGAUGCUGUACUUAAUAUAAGGUCAGACACCUUUGGUCAUUCCUAACACAUGCAUAAAUGCCUUAUACCAUAUGAUGCUGUACUUAAUAUAAGGUCAGACACCUUUGGUCAUUCCUAACACAUGCAUAAAUGCCUUAUAUCAUAUGAUGCUGUACUUAAUAUAAGGUCAGACACCUUUGGUCAUUCCUAACACAUGCAUAAAUGCCUUAUAUCAUAUGAUGCUGUACUUAAUAUAAGGUCAGACACCUUUGGUCAUUCCUAACACAUGCAUAAAUGCCUUAUAUCAUAUGAUGCUGUACUUAAUAUAAGGUCAGACACCUUUGGUCAUUCCUAACACAUGCAUAAAUGCCUUAUAUCAUAUGAUGCUGUACUUAAUAUAAGGUCAGACACCUUUGGUCAUUCCUAACACAUGCAUAAAUGCCUUAUAUCAUAUGAUGCUGUACUUAAUAUAAGGUCAGACACCUUUGGUCAUUCCUAACACAUGCAUAAAUGCCUUAUAUCAUAUGAUGCUGUACUUAAUAUAAGGUCAGACACCUUUGGUCAUUCCUAACACAUGCAUAAAUGCCUUAUAUCAUAUGAUGCUGUACUUAAUAUAAGGUCAGACACCUUUGGUCAUUCCUAACACAUGCAUAAUGCCUUAAUGAUGUUAACACAACUGUAUUAACACUUAGGGAAUUGGCAUUAAAUGAUAAAACAAGAAAACAUUAAAGAAAUGUUUAAACCAUA